CAUCCAGACGCCCCCGGGGCGAGUUGGGAUAGAGUCGGCCUGGGCAUGAAGUGCACCAGCGUGGUUCGACUGCUGGUGCUGGUGCUGGCGGCCACCGACUUUGGGGCGCUGCUGGCGCGCCACCACGCCGCUGUCCCCGGGCCGCCCGCGGAGGGCGGGCACCUCGGCGGGCACCUCGGCCGGGCGGAGCGCGGGCGCGGGGCGGAUGAGGAGCUGCCCUCUCAGGACCGGCCGGCGCCGCGCGCCCAGGACCACGUCGGCCAGCCUGGCCCACGGCUGCGCCGCGGCGGCCGCCGCCUGGGCCGGGGGCGCGGCAGGGCGCGGGGGAGGGGCGCCAAGCGGGCGCGCCAGCGUCUCAGCCGCAACAUCACCCUCGUGCUCGAGAACCUCCUGAAGAACUACGAGAACAGCAGGCCGCCCAGGACGGGGAACGGGCAACCCGCCGUGGUCAGAACCAACAUACUUAUACGCAGCAUGGGACCAGUGUCUGAACUGGGCAUGGACUACUCUAUGGACUGCUACUUCCGGCAGUAUUGGCGCGACGCCCGCCUCAGUUUCAAGGGCCCCAUCAAGAGCCUCUCGUUGUCCAUCAAGAUGCUGGAGCGCAUAUGGCGCCCCGACACCUACUUCUACAACGGCAAACAGUCCUACGUACACACCAUCACCGUGCCCAACAAGCUGCUCCGCCUGUCGAGCAACGGCGACAUCAUCUACUCGAUGCGGUCAGUAUAUAGGGUGUCCCACUGCCCCCAAAACUGUUUAUUAUUUUUUAAGGUGACGCACUGCGUUUUCUGCACGCGUGUGGACGGGUUGCCUACUCGCUCAGGGCCUUGCCUCACCAUCAAGGCUACGUGCCCGAUGGAACUGCGGAACUUCCCCAUGGACACGCAGUCCUGCCCGCUCAUCAUAGGCAGCUACGCGUACCCCCUGCACAGCGUGGUGUACGAGUGGCUUGGGGGCCCUGGCGGGGUGAGCGUGGACUUCGUCCCGGGGAUGGCGCUGAGCCAGUUCGACCUGAUGGCCGCGCCACACCGGAACUUCACCAUCAGCCGAAGGGACGGGAACUUCUCCAUCCUGCAAGUGAACUUCAACUUGCGGCGGAACACGGGGUACUUCCUCAUCCAGGUGUACGUGCCGUGCAUCCUAAUCGUCGUCCUGUCCUGGGUGUCGUUCUGGAUCCACCGCGAGGCGACCAGUGACAGGGUUGGCCUCGGUAUCACGACGGUGCUGACGCUCUCCACCAUCAGCCUAGACUCGCGCAAGGACCUGCCCAAGGUGCGGCACGCCACGGCGCUUGACUGGUUCCUGCUCAUGAGCUUCCUCUACUGCAUCGCCACGCUGCUGCAGUUUGCGGCCGUCCACUACUUCACCAAGGUGGGCAGCGGGGAGAUCUACGUGGACGAGGAGGAGCAGGAGGACGGCAGUUCGGCCCGGACCGCGUCGAGGGGCCUGUCCAGAGCUCCCCGCAGGGCGGCGGCUGCGCUCGGCCCGGCCAUCGCCUCCGCGCUCGGACCCGCGCUCAGCGGCGCGGGACCCUCGUCCCGCCACCAGCGCAGGGCUCUGGCAUUCACCAGCUCCAGUAGCUCCAGGUCGCCGCCGGUGGCCCGGCCCGUGGCGCGCUGGCGGCAGGCCGCACUCUGCCUCGCCGGCGACGAGUCCUUCCGACGGCAACGCGAGCGGGUCGCGCUCCAGGAGCACCACCACAUCAACAGCGUGUCCGGGAUAGACCGGGCGGCGCGCGUCCUGUUCCCAGCCUCCUUCAUCUUCCUCAACCUCGCGUACUGGGUGGCCUACGCUGAGCGCGACUUCAGCCAGGGAGACGCGACGGCCGUGCUCUACCUCGACCACUAGGCGAGAGGGUGGUAAGGACCAGCAAUUAAGAGUUGUGGUCAAUAAAUCAGUGGCCAGAAAAUGUCA